GUUUGCACUUUUUGCUCUCAGCAUCUUCGCUUUCUCUCUUUUCAACGUCCGAAUAAAUAUUUAUCUCGUUUUAAAUACAAAAGUUUCUAGAGAUUUUAAACAAACCUAUUGUUGGAAAGGAAGGCAGACGAAAAGUGCAAAAAGUUCAGCUAUUUCGGGAGGCCGUUCUAACUUCUAACCUGUUCUAACCUACAACAUGCCACGCGAUGCUGCAUUGUUUACCGAGGAGGGGAUCCUCGGCGGACGAGGAACUUGGUGCAGAGGGGUUCGCUCGUACGAGCACGUGUAGUUUCACUGGCGAUGCAAAUUUUUGAAAAUGACCAACGCCGAGGUGCUACAGCUGGACGUGUGGAAGGGCGACUGGGGCCUGCCGUCGGUCGACGUAGAAUGUUUGCAAGUUCUGGCAUAUGCCAAAUUCAGUGGGGUACCUUUAAAAAUAAAUCUAGCAAGCAAUCCGUUUAGAACACCAAACGGUCGAUUACCUUCGCUUAAGGCUGGUCUACGUACUUUGGAUACAGUUAAAGAUAUAUUGCCCUUUUUUAGAGCAAAACAUUAUAAUUCUGACUAUACUUUAAACGAUAAGCAAUGUGCAGACGUCAUGGCUUAUGAUGCUCUGCUUAAGGAAAAGUUAUAUCCAGCCUUCCAAUUUAUAUGGUGGAUAGAUAAGAAAAAUCUAGAUGAAUUAGUUAGACCGUGGUACUGCAAAGCGCUGCCUUUUCCAUUCAAUUUCUAUUAUCCAGGAAAAUUUGAGCGGCAAGCACACGCCUUAAUGCAAAGUUUAUAUCCUCUGGAAGAUAAUAUCAAUGUUAUAGAAAAUGAGGUGUAUUCGGAAGCACAAAAAUGUUUAACGUUAUUAUCUAUAAGGCUUGGAGAUAGAGAUUUCUUUUGUGGACAAGAGCCUAGCACAAUAGAUGCCGUUAUAUACUCAUAUCUGGCACCGUUGCUCAAGGCUCCAUUACCAAAUCCAGUCUUACAAAAUCAUUUAAAAGCCUGUACAAAUCUAGUGAAAUAUGUGUCGCGUAUAUCACAGAGAUAUUUUGAAGAAGAGUAUCAGACUUUUGAGAAGCAGAAGGCCGAAAAAAAUGCCGAGAGAUUAAGAAGAGAUUCUGAAACUGAAUUUCCCAAUAAAAGAAGAAAUCAGAUCCUUGCUGCGCUUGCUGCUACAAUAGCAAUGGCAGGAUAUGCGGUAUCCACUGGUAUUGUAGAGGUGCUAGUAUAUUUGUUAAGAAGCAGAAAAUUUAUUAAAAUUCCUAAGAAGAAAAGAAAACGUACCAGCAAAGGAUGACGAAAUCUCAGAUGUAUCAAUGGAAUAUAUGCUGAAUGACGAGGAUGACGAAUAACAGUUAGCA